AGUGAUGAUGAGGACAGCAUCUGCAAGCUGGGCCAGGCCUCGGGGAAGGGCGCUGAGGACGGGAAGGAUCACAAACGGCCCAAGAGGCCACGGACCAUCCUGACCACGCAGCAGCGGAGGGCAUUCAAGGCGUCCUUUGAGGUCUCCUCCAAGCCCUGCAGGAAGGUGCGGGAGACGCUGGCGGCAGAGACGGGGCUGAGCGUCCGCGUGGUGCAGGUCUGGUUCCAGAACCAGCGAGCAAAGAUGAAGAAGCUGGCCAGGAGGCAGCAGCAGCAGCAGCAGGACCAGCAGAACACGCAGCGCCUGAGCUCAGCCCAGACAAACAGCAGCGGCGGCACGGGGCUGGAGGGGAUGCUGAACCCCUACACCACCCUGCCCCCGCCCCAGCAGCUGCUGGGCAUGGAGCAGGGUGUCUACGGCUCCGACCCUUUCCGGCAAGGGCUCACCCCGCCCCAGAUGCCCGGAGACCACAUGCACCCCUACGGUGCCGAGCCCCUCUUCCACGACCUGGACAGCGACGAUACCUCACUGAGCAACCUGGGGGACUGCUUCCUCGGCACAGCAGAUGCAGGGCCACUCCAGGCACGAGUGGGAAACCCCAUCGACCACCUGUACUCCAUGCAGAACUCCUACUUCACCUCCUGA